AUGCCGGAAAUUAGCCCAGAGCAAUAUCACAUCCAUGGACACAAGAGAUACCUCGUCGCCGUAGGGCUCGCUCUCGUCUUGUUCAUAUCAGCGUUAGAUUCAACCAUAGUUGCCGUUGCUUUGCCUACCAUUGGGUCUGAUCUCGAUGAUUUCCAGAAGACUAGCUGGCUGGUGACCGCGUAUCUGCUCACUUAUACGGCGUUCCUCCCCAUUGUAUCAAAGCUCACAGACAUAAUUGGAAGAAAACCUGUUUUAAUAACCUCUACGCUCUUCUUCAUGCUGUGGUCUGGAGCUUGUGGCGGAGCAAAAACGAUGAUACAGUUGAUUAUCUUUCGUGCCCUUCAGGGCAUCGGUGGUUCGGCGAUUUAUUCUGGAGUGGUGGUCACAAUCAGUACGAUUGUUCCACAGGAAUUGUUGCCAACUUAUACUUCAAUCAUUGGAACUACGUUUGCUUUGAGUAGCGUUUCAGGUCCUCUAAUUGGUGGGGCAAUCGUGCAACAUACCCAUUGGGGGUGGAUAUUCUUUGUUAAUCUGCCUAUCGGAGCCAUUGGAACGACCAUCUUGCUCUACGCGCUCAGUGAUCCUGAUCAGGGACCUAUGAGUAUGAAGAAAAUCGCAGAACGGAUUGACUGGAUUGGGUGUCUGUUAAUUCUUAGCUUCAGUGUUCUGCUCGCAUUCUCAUUACAAGUAGGUGGAACAUCAGGUUACCCUUGGACCUCCGCCAAAGUCCUCGCACCCUUGAUCAUCUCGUUCUGCAUUAUCCCAGCGUUUGUUUACGUCGAAACUCUUCACCCCGAACCAGUACUCCCUCUACGCCUGCUUCGAGUUCGCAACCUGUCAUUGAUGUUGCUGUUCUCUCUCACCUUGGGUGCCGCGCUCUUUACGCACUCGAUUUUCCUCCCACAGCGUAUCCAAAUCGUCGAUGGUUUAACCCCCAUAACAGCUGGCGUACGAAUGCUACCUCUCCUCCUCCUCCUCGGAUGUCUCAGUCCAUUCGCUGGAGCUGCGGUGAUUCUCACAAAGAGCUAUAGACCAUUAAUGUGGUUCUCUUCCUCCGUCGGUGCGGUCGGCGCAGGCCUCCUCUCUACCCUCUCAGUUCCAACAUCUUUUUCGCGCAUGUACGGCUACGAAACCCUCGUCGGCUACUCUAUCGGUGUCACCAUCACCGUAUCCACCAUCAUCAUCCAGAUUUGUGCUGAACGGAGAGAUUUAGCUGUCGCGACUGGGUUCCAAUCGUUCAUUCGACAGCUAGGAGCGCUGAUAUCUAUUGCAAUCGCCACUGCUGUCGUCAACGAUUCCGUUAAUACCUCUCUAAGUACAAACCUCCAGUUGGAGAAGUCCCCAGCGCUUUUGGAGGCAGUCCUUGCCAGUCCAACAGAUGCUAUGAGCGUCUUGGACGAUGGGCUUCGGUUAUUUGUGCGAGAAGCCUAUAGCAAGGCGUAUUCAAAGACUUUUAUACAGGGAGCCGCUUGGAUGGCGGUCGGGGCGGUUUUGACUUUUGGGCUUGCUCAUCAGUUACCUCCUCAGAUGAUGGGGGCGAAGGAAAAGGAUCCUGAAGCUGCUGAUGUUGUCGAGAAAGAGGAACAAUUGUAG